UGUCCCUGUCCCCAGGCUGAAGGAGACACCAAGGGCGAUAAGGCCAAAGUUAAGGAUGAGCCCCAGCGGAGRUCAGCGAGGUUAUCUGCUAAACCCGCUCCUCCAAAGCCAGAGCCCAAACCUAAAAAAGCAGCUCCAAAGAAGAGCGAGAAGGUGCCCAAGGGGAAGAAGGGAAAAGCUGAUGCUGGCAAGGAGGGGAACAACCCUGCAGAAAAUGGAGAUGCCAAAACAGACCAGGCACAGAAAGCCGAAGGUGCUGGUGAAGCCAAGUAAAACGUGUGAAUUUUUGAUAACUGUGUACUUCUGGUGACUGUACAGUUUGAAAUACUAUUUUUUAUCAAGUUUUAUAACAAUGCAGAAUUUUGGUUUACUUUUUUUUAAGCUAUGUUGUUAGCACACAGACCGCUUCGUUGUUGUGUUCUGGGGGGGUGGGGGGCAGUGGGGACAAAUGUCAUUUAGUCUUAUUUCUCAAAACCUAAAUUUUAAUAAGAAAAGCUUUUUCCAGUCCCCCAGUUUUUGGAAGAAAAGCCCUUCCUGAAGGGAGGAGGAAGGGAUUCCCCCAUGCUGCGUGUCAGUUCUGUCCAAGUGAACAUCAAAGCUCCCAAGAUGCUGUUGCCUGCUCCAAAUCCCAAUGCCACCAGUUCUCCUUUGGUGUCUCCCUGUUUACCCAGAGCCUGUCACUCCAAACCACAGCAAAAGUGGCAUUUUGGGACAUUCCACACUCAAUCCACUGUCAGGUGAUGUGGAUUUCUGCUCUCCAGUCUGGGAUAUACUGCCUCAAAAGGGAGCUGCACUUCCUCUUUUCUAUUGUGGAUCCUCAGAUACAGAAACMUGCCUUUAAAUUUUAAUUUUCCUCUCAAAGUCAGGGUUGGGUUGUGCAGAGUUGUCAAACAACACGCUGAUGUGAACAUGUCCACCCUCACUCUAAACUUUGCCCUCUACAAGUACGAGCUGAAGAUUCUGAACRGUUUAUAGCAAUUUUCCAUUUCAAUAGUCCACAAAGGGAGGGGAGUCUGACAGUUGUUGUAAAAUGUUGCAGAUUGUAGCCCAUGUCCUGCCUAAAUUACCAUGAUUGUUCAUGAAAUUACCUUUAAUAAAGCUGGAUACGGUUUGGCUUGGACUGUU